CCAAAAAACAAAAAAUGACUCAAUUAAGCCUAAUGCAUGCACUCUUCAUGAUGUUCUUCAUUAUCCCUUCUCUAUGUUGUCCUGAAGAUCAAAAACAAGUCCUUCUCCAAUUCAAAUCCUUGUUCAUCAAAGCUACUAACUCUUCUUCAGAAGAUCCAUUCUUUGCCUUGACAUCAUGGAAUGGAAGCUCAGAUUGUUGCAGAUGGGACAGAGUCAUGUGUAGCUCUCAAUCAAAUUCAAGGGUUGUGAUUGCUCUCUAUCUUGAUUCACUUGUUUCCAUUUCAUCUUCAGAGCCAAUCUUGGUUGAUUCCAUGGUGUUAGCGCCACUCUUUCAAGUUAAAAGCUUGAUGUAUCUUGACAUAUACUCAAAUAACUUACAUGGAAAAAUACCAGGUAAAGGGUUUGCUAAUCUCAGCAAAUUGGUGCAUCUUGAUAUGUUGCUGAAUAACUUCACGGGCUCAAUUCCUCCUCAGAUUUUUCACUUGAAGAAUCUUCAAUAUCUUGACUUGAGUAGCAAUGCACUUAACGGCAACUUAAUCCAGGAAAUGUUUUCACUUCAGAACAUGAGGGUAUUGAAACUGGAAGCAAAUUUUCUUGAAGGUGACAUUCCUGAGGAAAUUGGGAACCUCAGGAAGCUGCAGCAGCUGUCUCUUCGCAGCAACAAAUUCGUCGGUGAGAUUCCUUCUUCCAUUCUAUCUUUGGAGGACUUAAAAGAGCUGGACCUGGGAGACAAUCUUUUGACAAUGGAGAUUCCUGUUGAAAUUGGUGAUUUAACCAACAUUACCACUGUGGCCUUGAGUGACAACAAGCUGAGUGGUGGAAUCCCCUCAUCCAUUCAGAAACUAAGCAAGCUGGAAACACUUCAAUUGCAGAACAACUUGCUCUCUGGAAAAAUUCCAUCAUGGUUGUUUGAUAUCAAGAGCCUGAAGAAUUUGUUUCUAGGAGGGAAUAAAAACCUGACCUGGAACAACACUGCAAAAAUAGGGCCGAAGUGUAUGCUAUCUGAGUUAUCUCUGAUAUCAUGUGGACUUGCAGGAACAAUCCCAGAUUGGCUUUCAACACAGAAGAGCCUUGUUUACCUGGAUUUGAGCAAGAACAAGCUUGAAGGACCCUUCCCAUUCUGGCUUGCAGAAAUGGAAAUUGGCAACAUUUUUCUGUCAGAUAAUCAGCUGUCAGGUUCUCUUCCCUCACGUCUCUUCCAAACUCUAAGCUUAUCAGUCCUUUCUCUCUCGCGGAACAAUUUCUCUGGAGAGUUGCCGGAAAACGUUGGAGAUGCUAGAAAGUUAAUGAUUCUUAUGUUGGCUGGAAACAAUUUUUCUGGGAAGAUUCCUGCAUCAAUAACCAAUAUUUACCGCCUUCUUCUGUUGGAUUUAGCAAGAAAUAGAUUUACAGGAAGCUCUCCCGUGUUUGCUCCUGAUGCAUUACUUGCAGUCAAUGAUUUGUCCUACAAUGAAUUAUCAGGUGAGGUUCCAGUGACAUUUUCUCAGGAGACUAGAAUACUUUUCUUAGGAAAUAAUAAUUUCUCAGGCAACCUGCCUCGAAACCUCACUAAUCUUAGCAAGCUUGAGCAACUAGAUCUCCAUGACAACAAAAUCUCAGGAGAAUUGCCACGGUUUCUCUUCCAGAUAUCGACCCUUCAAAUUCUCAGUCUGAGUAACAACUCUCUCCAGGGAUCAAUACCUGAUGAAAUUGCCAAUCUGACCAGUCUCCGAAUUCUUGAUGUAUCAAACAACAACCUCACCGGCGAAAUCCCUGUCAAGUUUGGAAAUAUGGUUGCAAUGAUUGAGACACCAAACACCCUUUCAACAAUCUCCAAUAUGUUCACCUUCUUGGUCGAGAUAAACGACUUGAUAGUCAACUGGAAGAAGUCGAAACAAGGCCUCUCCAGCCACAGCCUGGACAUCUACUCUUUGUUAGACCUGUCAAAGAACAAACUUUAUGGGGAAAUUCCAAAUUCACUUGGUUCUCUAAAUGGUCUAAAGCUGCUAAACAUCUCAUACAAUAAUCUCUCCGGAAACAUACCGGCAAGUUUCGGUAAUUUAGAGAGUCUAGAUAGCUUGGACUUGUCACACAACCAACUCUCUGGUCAGAUUCCUGAAACUCUGGUAAACUUGCAACAACUUACUAAUUUAGAUGUCAGUAACAACAAGCUAGAGGGAAAAAUCCCAGUUGGUGGCCAGAUGGACACAAUGGAUAAUCCAAGCUACUAUGCUAACAACAGUGGGUUGUGUGGUAUGCAAAUUAGCAAUCCUUGUCCAAUAGAGAUGUCGCCAGCAAUGCCACAAGAGGAUGAAAAGAUAGCGGCAUGGUUUUCAUGGGAAGGAGUAGGGAUCGGAUACUCUGUCGGGUUUUUCUCAACAGUUCUGAUUAUAUUUUCCACAGGGUAUUUUCAUGUAGCACCACCCCCUAGACGCCGAAGAAGAAGGCUAAACGGUUUAAGUUCAAUCCCAUAGAUUGUGUAGGGCUGGCCUGGUAUUUCUGUAGACUUCCAAUUUGGUGCUCUUUAAGAGUUUUUGAGUCAAUAUAACAAUAAGUAAUAUUUUCCACAAGAGUUUGCUUAAGAACUUGGGACUAUUACUUUAUCUUCGUGCUCAGUCGCAAUUGUCUGUUGUUUUUUUCCAAUCAAUAUGCAUAAAUUAUUUCACCACGAUACUUAUAUGUGGUUCAAUUAUUUAUGAUGUAAAUAAGGCAAAAGUCUACUGAAAAGUGUAAUACGGUUAUGUUGGUCUUUUUAGUACUUGGAUCAGAAAUAGCAGAAAGUGCAGCAA